GAGGCGCGCGGCCAGCCCAGCUCGGGCCCGCAGCACCGGGAGCAGCCCGCCGGCCAAGCGAGCGCGGGCCGGGGCCGGGGCCGGGGCCUGGGCCUGGGGGCGCCGCCCCCGGGAGUCUUUCUGCGGCCCCUGAGGAGCGAGGGCCACGGCGAGGCUGACCGGGGCCGAAACCAUGAACCGGAGUUUUCACAAGUCUCAGACCUUGCGAUUCUACGAUUGCAGCGCAGUGGAAGUCAAGAGCAAGUUUGGGGCGGAAUUCCGAAGGUUCUCUCUGGACCGUCAUAAGCCUGGGAAGUUUGAAGAUUUCUACAAGCUGGUUGUGCACACCCACCAUAUCUCCAACAGUGAUGUAACUAUUGGCUAUGCAGAUGUGCACGGAGACCUGCUGCCCAUCAACAAUGAUGACAACUUCUGCAAGGCGGUUUCUAGUGCAAAUCCCCUGCUCAGGGUCUUCAUCCAGAAACGAGAGGAGGCCGAGCGUGGCAGCCUCGGCGCGGGCUCGCUGUGCAGGCGGAGGCGGGCGCUGGGCGCGCUGCGUGAUGAAGGACCCCGGCGGCGUGCACACCUGGACAUCGGCCUCCCGCGCGACUUCCGCCCCGUAUCGUCCAUCAUCGAUGUGGACCUGGUCCCCGAGACGCACCGGCGAGUGCGGCUGCACCGGCACGGCUGCGAGAAGCCGCUGGGCUUCUACAUCCGCGAUGGCGCCAGCGUGCGCGUGACCCCGCACGGGCUGGAGAAGGUGCCCGGCAUCUUCAUCUCGCGCAUGGUACCCGGGGGCCUGGCGGAGAGCACCGGGCUGCUGGCUGUGAAUGACGAGGUCCUGGAGGUGAACGGCAUUGAGGUGGCCGGGAAGACGCUGGACCAGGUCACGGACAUGAUGAUCGCCAACAGCCACAACCUCAUCGUCACCGUCAAGCCCGCCAACCAGCGCAACAACGUGGUGCGCGGCGGCCGCGCGUUGGGCAGCUCGGGACCGCCCUCGGACGGCACCGCGGGCUUCGUGGGUGCCCCCGCCCCGCGCGUCCUGCAGAACUUCCACCCCGACGAGGCGGAGAGCGAUGAGGACAACGACGUCGUCAUCGAGGGCACACUGGAGCCUGCACGUCCCCCCCAGACCCCGGGCGCGCCCGCAGGCAGCCUCUCCCGGGUCAAUGGCGCGGGCCUGGCGCAGCGGCUGCAGCGGGACCUGGCCCUGGACGGCGGCCUCCAGCGGCUGCUUAGCUCCCUGCGGGCCGACCCACGUCACAGCCUGGCGCUGCCGCCAGGCGGCGUGGAGGAGCACGGGCCCGCGGUCACGCUCUAGACUCCCGAGAGGCCCCCAAAUCCUAGCUCCAGUUCCCCGGUAAGGACAGGGACAGGACCUGCAGACUGCAUCCGCUCAUUUUUUGUUGUUUUUGUGACCACAAAAACAACCCUGCUCUUUGUUUCAACAUCCGGAUAUAAAAACACAAGUAUUGCCUAUUUUUAUAGAAUUUCGCCACAGAACUUAAAAUGAACGCCUGUAGACACACUCCAUACCAGGCCUGAGUGCGGGUCUUGGCGCCUUUGCAAAGUAAUAGAAAAGAUCUGACCAAGUGCAAAAAAAUGCUUUUUAAAAUUUUUACAAAUACUUUGUUUUUAAAGUGAAGCUUUAAAAUUACUUUUUUAAAAUAGUCAAAUUCAUGUUUUUAAGUUGGCCCAUGCAACAUGUCUCAGCAUUCUUGCUGUGCUCUCUGCUGACUUGCAGGCGAGGCCGACUGUGCUGAUGUACGUGACAAGAGGCUGGUUUUUAAUAACGAAUGCAGCCAGGUGCAGUGGCUCACGUCUGUAAUCCCAGCACUUUGGGAGGCCUACGUGGGCUGAUCACGAGGUCAGGAGGUCGAGACCAGCAUGGCCAACAUGGUGAAACCCCGUCUCUACUAAAAAUAUAAAAAUUAGCCAGGUGUGGUGGCAGGCGCCUGUAAUCCCAGCUACCUUGGGAGGCUGAGGCAGGAGAAUCGCUUGAACCCAGGAGGCAGAGGUUGCAGUGAGCUGAGAUCGCACCACUGCACUCCAGCCUGGGUGACAGAGCAAGACUCUGUCUCGGGAAAAAAAAAAAGAAAGAAAAGAAAUACACCCAAACCUGUCCAUGUACAACCAUGGAGAUGAAUUCCAGAUUUUCACACUGUUCAUAGUCAUAAUUCGGUUGGGACAGGAGAGCUCCCACCAGCACACUUAUGGCACCCGCAGCUGUGGAAUUGUUCCGGGGCUUUUUUUUGUUUGUUUUGAGACAUAGUGUCUUGUUCUGUCAUCCAGGCUGGAGGGAUCUCAGCUCACUGCAACCUCCGCCUCCUGGGUUCAAGCAAUUCUCCUGCCUCAGCCUCCCAAGGAGCUGGGACAGGCACAUGCCACCAUACCCAGCUAAUUUUUGUAUUUUUAGUAGAGAUGGGAUUUCACCACGUUGGUCAGGCUGGUCUUGAACUCCUGACCUCAGGUGAUACGUCCCCCCUCAGCCUCCAAAAAUGCUAGGAUUAUAGAUGUGAGCCACAGCACCGGACCAGGGGCUAUUUUUGUGACCCACAUAGGUGGCCCAUUCAGCCUCAAGGGGAAAUCCAGGGUAGGAAGCAGCAGCUCUGCUGGACUGGGCUCAGCAGUCCCAUUUGGGAUGUAAGCCUCUAUUGCCUCUAAGAUGACCCUUUUCCUGUGGGUUGACUGACUCUGAGGGCGAUUUCGGAAAUGUUUUCAGCAGAAAUGAAGGAUAAGCAUCACACAUGUCCAGCAAUGGCUUUGAGAAUGCAGUCAUUUGCACGUGAGUUCUCAUCUUUGUUUUCUGAAACAGACGUUUCUUUUAGUAAGUCACAAUACAUGCUAAUUUUCAUUUCUAGAAUGGUCACUGGCAGUUCUCACUUUUAACUAUAAGAAGUCAUGUGGAACUUAGUGAUUUUUAACAAAUACUAAAUUCAUCCUCACUUUAUGUUGAUCUUCCAGCAACAUUUAUAUAUUUAGUAAUUUUAAAAAUUCCUAUUUGAUACAAUUAAAUUUUAUAUAAUGUGUUUUGCUUGAAUAAAAUGUUACAUUUAUACUUUGAGAACUCUGACCAAAUCUUUCAUACAGAUACAGGUAAAGAAAUAUUUUUCUAGGUUGUCGGAGCUGCGUACCUCCCGCUGCUUCUCCUUGUGGUCCAGCACCACCUGCUGGUCAGUGGCAGAACUGUCCUGACUUCGUGAACAUGGAACUGCUAAGAGGGAAAACUGCAUCUCAGCAUUUUCAUUUUUUCUGAAUAUUAAGUGAAAAGCAAGUUCUAUUUGUAAGAAAUAGCUUUUGCUGAGGAGUUGUGAAUUCCUGCACCUGUGUUUGAUGUUAUUUGUAUGCAAUGGAUUGCUGGCCCUUUGUUCCUAAGCAAGAGAAGACCAAAGAUGCUUCCCCAUGACCUCUCCGGUGAGGAUCCGCAGCCCCCCGACUUGCUCUCUGAUGAAGGGCAUGUCGUUCAGUGCCCCAGCAGUCAGAAGCAGUUUUUGUGGAACUAAAACUAAUAAUGUUACCCUCACAAAGGAAAUGUUCUUUUACUAAGUUAUUGCUGAUUCUUGAAUGUCUGUUAUAUAACUGGGUCGGCUAUCAAGAAGGAAGGUUAAAUUUCUUAUCACAUUUUAAGUUGUUAAGCAAAUGUGAGUUUUUUUUUAAGAAAUGAGGCUUUCACUGAGAUUUGUGUGCUAUUCAUAAUUUUAGGAAUUACUGCUUAGAACAGCUGCUUGAGUGUAUUUUUCUACACAGGUCUGUACUUCUGCCACUUUCUCCUUUUAAAAAAACAAAACUAUGCAUAUUAUGUAUUAAAGUUUUCUUGGUUUUAUA